AUGGAGCCAGAGUUGUUCUCUCCUGAAGGAGAAAGAGUAAUAAGUACCAUCUUCGAAGCACACGAAAUGGAAGAACUCUUAUACCAAGACAGCGAAGAUAGCUUUACUGUUUGUUCCGAAAAGGUAGACUACGAGAGAAUGGCGAGACAACUUGCAGAAACAUUAGAAAACAAAGAAAGAGAAUGGCGACGUCUUAAAACAGACUACGAGAGCUACAUCAUGUCGUUGAAGGCGAACCAGAAAAAAGACAGCGACGUAGAGUUAGAAGUGGGGCGUUAUGAGCAGGGCCUCCCAGAUAAGGCUCGAGUUGGUCCGUGGCAGAAGACCAUCUCAGACCCAAUAGAAGAGUCCCUGAAGAACCAGACAAAGGCCCUUCUUCUGAUGGAAUUGAUAUCCAUGGAGCUGUUUUAUGGKAUGGAGGACUUGCUACGUGAUGGUGGGGGUGCUGGUGUCAACAAACAAGUGACCRCUGAGAAACUAUACACACUUACGGAUAGAGAGCUGUUGCUUCACAGUGCGGAGACAUUACUCGAGCUUACAGAAUAUUUCUUCACCAAGAUUGGUGCAGCAGCCCAGAAUGGACUAGCAGACUCGUCCUACGCAGGGAAACUGCUUCGUGUUCGAAGUACGCUGUGUCGAAUCAAAGRGAACACAGAUAAAGCUGCUGUACAGUUUCUUUCUCGUUUGUUGGACAAACAGACUACUGACACAGGAGUGGAGUCAUCACUGGUGUCAUUCCGAAAAAAGUCUUCUGAAGAUAGCUCAACUCGUAGCGAUGGUAGAUUGAUAUCAGUGGAUGAAGGCGUCGUGUUGGAAGGAUCAGAAAGUACCAACAGCAGAGAAAAGCUAAGUCAUCCAUUAGAAAGUUCUAGCCUUGCAGAAAUGGAGGCUGAGAAUCGAGCGUUGUGUGAAAAAAAUGCUGAGAUGAGAAAACGGUUGAAUGAUUCCGAGAAAGAAAAUGAAUCUUUGAAUCGUAAGUUGUCUGAAGUCGAGAAAAAACUCCAAGACAGUCAAAGUAUUUUGCCUAAGUUUGCAAGUGAUUCUGAACUUGUGGAAAAAUUAAAACUCGCAGAAAGAAGCAACCAGGAAUUAAUUUCUAAAGUUCAAGACUUGGAAGAAAAGUUGAAUAUAAACUUAGACAAGUCAUUAUUGAAAAGAAUUCGAGAUUUGGAAGAGAAGUUGAAAGAGCACGCAAUWGCAGAAGGUAAUGAAGAGAUUGUCGUAAAUAAAGUUGCAGUUGGGUUAGAGGAUGCUGUUUCUGAUAGCAUGGCACUGCGUACAAGACUUCAUGAACUCGAAGAACAGCUGAAGUCAAGAAGCAAUGAUGACCUCUCGAGAUGUCGAGACACAGAAGUUGGUAAUGACAACAGAAGAUUAAAAGAGGAACUCAAAGUACUUGAGGAGAAACUACACGACGGUAACGAAGCAAGAGGAUUACUUGAUAAAGAGAGAAAAAUUCAGGACGAGUUGAUUGAAGAAUUAAGUGCACAGCUCAAAACUGCACGUGCAGGAAGCAGAGAGCUAGAAGAAAAAGUCAAAAUACUUGAAAACUGUUURAAAAGAUCUGAAGCAACCAGGAUAGAAGAGUCAAACGAAGCGAGAAGAGAAACCAAAGAACUGAAGAUAAAACUACAAACAGCUGAACACAAGAAUAAUCGUUUUCUUAUAAAAGCAGAAGAGUUCGAGGGAAAGUUGAAAGAAGUAGGGAAACUUGUUGCACGGCAUAAAGAAAAUGAGAGAUUUUUGCAAACGAACAUCGCUAAACUACAAGCAGAGAAUUCACUGCUGAAAAAAGAUGGUGAUGCUUCAAAUGAAAGCAAAAUGGARGAAACCAAAAAUAAUAACGCUGAAGAAUCGUCUCCUGUGGAAGAGGAGCAACAGAAAAUGAGAGAAACUAUCGUCCAGUUGGAGACAGAAAUCUUCCUCAAGGACCAGGAAAUUCUUUGCCUCAAAAACGAAGCGGUUGACUUGAUGAGUGAAGUUAGCAAGCUAGACACUGAAUACAACGAACUGGUUGCUCAGAGAGUAAAAAUAGAAARGGAUAUGAAAGAGCAGCGUAAUCAAAGAGAUGAAAUCGAAGGAGAACUACAAGGUGUGCUCCAAGAAUGUUCAAAGCUGCGUUGUGAUGUUUUGACUUUGAUGGACGAAAAUAACGCAUUGAGGAAUAAGAUUGAAAGUACCUCUGAUGUAYUGAAGACAUCUGUGUCGGCUGUCCUGUCCGAAAGAAAUCUCCUCGAACGAGAUUUACAAGCAGUCCAAGAAAGAGAGAACGAGUUGGAGAAGUUAACUUCGGAUUUUGAAACUAAGAACAGCAAGUUGCAAAACGAUAUUGACGAACGAGAGGCGACAGUGAAAAARUUGCAACACGAUUUGGAUGAAUUGUUGUCGGAAAAAUCUAGAUUAAACUUUUCUCUAAGCGAGAUGAAAGAUGAAAAAGUUAAUGCUGUUGAGGAGAAUGAAGCUCUACAACACGAUAUAAAAACACUUGAACGAAACCUCUUGACGCUACAAGAGAGUUUAACUUACUGUUUAAACGAGAAAGUUGCUCUAACAGARGAAAUAUCUAUCAAGGCAUCUGAGCUUGAGACGUUGAGAACCUACAGUUCGCUGUGCUCAGAGGAGAUAAAAAGUAUGAAGACACAGAUCGAGUUGUAUAAAGAAACAGAAGGGAUYUUGAAUGGAAGAGUUGAAGAACUUAAAGUCAGCCUGGAUGAAUGGAAAGAGGAGUCACUUCGAAUGAAGGAAGAGCUUGGGUCGAUAGAUGAUGAAAGGAAAUGCYUAGAUAAAAGAAUCCAUGAAGCGAGCAGAGCUAUAGACCAAGUCAAGGAAGAACUUAUCUCAUUAAUGCACAUUGUACUCAGUUUGCAGAAGGAACUCUUGUGCCUUGUAGAUGGGAUUUUAGUUUGUCUUGGGAUUGAAGGAAAACAAUUAGAYUUUUCUCGCCAGAGACUUAUAUCUAUUGAUUCUGGUUACACUUCGACRGCAACUGAAGCAUCAAGCGAGAGAAGUAGUGCUGGAAGUGAAUCAAAUAUCGCUGAAUCUCUCUCCAAUUGUAAUUUAGUACCAGACGAACAAUGUUUAGUCAAUCCUUCUGAGAUAAGUAUUAUCAGAGAAAACAAGACMGAAAUCUUUCGAUUUCAAGAAGAACUAAAGAUUAAAUUAUUAAUUAUCAAGGAUUUCCUGCAGCAGUUUAAAGAUAAUGAAGCCUUGGAAAGUAUAAAGUCGUGCGAAGCCAGCAACAUUGAAUCCCAGUCUGAAAUAUCACAAGAGAACACGGGGGAGAAUCUUACGGAAUUUCCCUAUCUCAAUAAAUCAGAAAGAGAAAAAUUAACAAAGUUGCUAUCGGUGUUGAGAAGAGAGAAUGGCAAUGAAGGGACGAUGUAUGACUUGUACUCUAGACUCGAGGAAAAACUGUCUGGCCUCUCCUCGCAUCUUGCGACAAAGGAGCUUCAAAUUUGCGAUUUGUUAAAAGAAAAGUUGAAACUACAGAAUGAAUUGAUGAAGAGCAAGUAUGGUAUUACGUUGUGCGAGCAUUGCUUGAGCGAUCCUGAGAAAGUUAAUCAAUCUAAUGAACUUCUGAGGGCGAAUUUGUUGUCGUACAUGGAAGACACGGCGAGGCUGGAAUCAGAGAUCAUGGAGUUUGCUCAGUACAAGGCAAAGUUGGAGGAAGAAUUGAAUGAAGUUAGAGAACAGAUUACAGAGCUGGAAGACCAGAUUAUUGAGGGACAGGAACGUGAGACUUUACCAAGAAUGGAUGUGAAAACGGAACCGUCAAUAAGAGCAAGCACAGUAUCAUGCAACGAUUCAUCGACUAGUUCAGACACAACCGACGCCAGCGAGAGGAAAACCAAGACAGAAAAACGAGUAACGUUCGACAAGAUGGUGGUUGAACCAAAACAGACCUCAUGCUUACGCAAAAGAAAACAUAGAGACAUCAAGAACCCUGAACCAACACAAGAUACACGACUUCAAAAUACAAGGAUGGUAGCCGAUGACGAUAGGAAAAACUCGAGUUUCGAUGAAGUUGAUCUGUGUGCACUGUUGGAGUCUAUUCCAAUCGACCCGAUCCCGGAACUAAAACCUAAAGUAGAAGAUAAAGAAGUUAUCGAAAUCGUCAAUCGACUUUCUGCUUAUGAGAACAUGUCAUUCGACGAUAAAGUGAAAUUUGUCGUUGAACGACAAAACAGCGAAGACAGUUCGGAAAAACCCGACGAAGUUCCGAAUAAAAAUUCGUACGUGAUUCGUUACAGUGGUGAAGGUUCRAAUUGUAAAAUGUGCGGAUUAAUGAAGAAGAAGAAAACUAAAGAGUCAAAUUCGACGAAGAAGACAGAUGAAAAGAGUAGAAAGAUCAAAUAUACUUCUCACAGUCUGUAAAAAAAAAUUAUUAUAUUAUUAUUAUUAUUUCAAACUAAUAACAAACAUUGAAAAAAUAUAUAUUAAGUAAAAUAUAUACUAAGUUAUUACACAAACAAUUUAUAUACAAGGAAUUUAUAUUUCUGAAAUUUUGGACUCUUAUUUUGUUCAAGUUCUUUUGUUACGGUUAUUUUGCAUUUAAUUGUCUUCCACAAAUUUUGCCGGAUUCAAGGUUCUUGUUUUAUGACAGAAUAACUGAAGGUCUUUAGAGAAAUUGUUCGUUACAAGCGUUCGAUAAGUAUUCGUAAAACAAAGAAAUUAACAUCCUAUUUUGUAAUAUUUCUUUAAGAUAACAGUUAUUAGGAUGUGAAGAAAGCUCUAUUAGAACCGGAAAAGACACUAAACGCAAAGAAGAGGAUGGUCAACAUGCUCACGCAAAACUAAAUAUUUUGGGGUUUUUUUUU